AUGUUUUACAGCUCCUGUUACUUGAUAUUGGCCUUGACCCUGGCUAUUGGGUCCCAGCAUUCAAGCGCUUCAGCUGGCGUCCAAUAUCCCCUUGCAACAAACCCAGAAUUGACAUUGGAUGGAGUUCCAUUCUCUAUAAGGGCCUAUUGGAUGCGCAGAGCCAACCAAGCACUAUCUGACCUGGGUUCUCCGUGUCCCUUCGCUGCAUUCGGAACCGUUAUCGUGAACCAUACUAAGCAGGGAGAAUUGGGAGACCUGAUUUGCAUUGGUGUAAAUGAGAAUAGUAAAACUGGGAACCCGACAUCACAUGGUGAAAUUGCUGCCAUAACCAACUGCACCAAAGUCCUAACAGACAAAAGUGGUCGAUUCAAAAUGACCCCUUCCCAAACGCUAAAUGCCUUCAAGGAGCUUACUCUCUAUAGUAAUGCCGAAAGCUGUUCAAUGUGUACAUCCGCCAUUCGCUGGGCAGGGUUCAAAGAAUACGUCUACGGAUCAUCGAUCGAAUCGCUGAUCCGGAAAGGAUGGAGCCAGAUUCGCAUUUCAUCGCAGGAGAUAAUAGAGCGAUCAUACGACCUGCCCUCGUCGACCAUCCUCAUUGGGGAGGUCUUAGCCAACGAGACUGAUCCGUAUUUUGCAUGGCAGUAUGACCCAUCUGCUCCGUGUCCGGCGGGGUGUAGCAGGUCUGGACCCAGAAUGAGUUGCAGAAAGUCUGCACGCCGCGACUAA